CCUUUGCGUCACACCAUCCAUACCGCAGAUAAAGCAUAAAUAGUCUCUUAGCCAUCAGAAGAUAGCAAGCUAACUUAACUAUUGGCUAACUACAACAUUUCUUCGAUUGGUCGAAUCAUGAAUCUUAAACCCUAUAAAGUUACAUAAUAGUAACGAGUCCUUUAGCUGAUAUAUUACUUUAUGUGUUUCAGAUGGAAACUAGCUAACGUUACCGUUAACCAAGAAGACUCAGGCCCAGCGGCCGGUACUUGAAGUAGGUUAGGCCUUCGCAUUGACAGCCUUUUUUUAAGCGGCUGCCAAGUUAUCUAAGUUCCAUCUAUUUAGCUACUUACCAAAGGAAUUUAGGAAAUCUGCUAUUUUCUUUAUACUGCUCGUGAUAACCUCAAUGUAUUCUCGAUUUGCCCAGUCUUGGUGGAUCUCCCUCUGCACAGGAUCUUCUUGACCGGCCAUUUUCUGUUUUGGGGAAAUUGUGUUAGCCCCAACUAUCAGCAGGUGGCGACAGUUAACUAAACAAAUGGAAUCAUGUCAUUGAACUGUUUAGUAGGACUCUGAGAUGUGCGAGAAAAUGUAUGAUUGAUACACUGCUAGACAUCAAUCAUCGAUCCAGUGAAAAUCAUAUGUUCAGCUAGAUGCAUUUAUUGGGUGAAUCAUCGAUAUUUUAUGUUAUGGAUGAGCCGGAGCUUCUGCUGGACUCCAAUAUCAGACUUUGGGUGGUCUUGCCCAUCGUCUUUAUCACAUUCCUUGUUGGGGUAAUUCGACAUUAUGUCUCCAUUCUGCUUCAGAGUGACAAGAAGCUGACAUUAGAGCAGGUGUCAGACAGCCAGGUUCUUAUCAGGAGCAGAAUCCUCAGAGAGAAUGGGAAGUACAUUCCGAAACAGUCUUUCUUGAUGAGGAAGUUUUACUUCAAUAAUCAAGAAGAUGGCUUCUUAAAAAAUACCAAAAGAAAGGUUGUUCCUCCCUCCCCAAUGACAGACCCGAGCAUGCUGACAGACAUGAUGAAAGGCAACGUGACCAAUGUACUUCCCAUGAUCCUCAUCGGAGGCUGGAUCAACUGGACCUUCUCAGGGUUUGUCACAACCAAGGUUCCUUUUCCUCUCACCCUGCGCUUCAAGCCCAUGUUGCAACAAGGAAUCGAGCUACUCUCACUUGAUGCUUCCUGGGUGAGCUCAGCGUCGUGGUAUUUCCUGAAUGUGUUUGGGCUGCGAAGCAUGUACUCCUUAAUUCUAGGACAAGAUAAUGGUGCAGAUCAGUCCAGGAUCAUGCAGGAGCAGAUGAGUGGUGCUGCCAUGGCCAUGCCUGCAGACACAAACAAAGCCUUCAAGGCAGAAUGGGAGGCUCUUGAGCUAACUGACCACCAGUGGGCACUGGAGGGUGUUGAGGAGGAGCUAAUGAGCAGGGAACUGGAUCUAGAUGGAAUGUUCAGUAAGGAGUUACCAACGGGUAUCUUCUGAGUGCCAAUUCAUCAAUGCAGGGAACCUGCCACUUGGCAAAAUGGUAGUCUUACUUAGAGGCAGACUUGGAGUUUCUAUAGGAAAUGACAGAGUGGAACAAAGUCCCUGGGCUUUGAUGACAAAUGGAGAUGUGAUGUCUAAAUUAAUUUCACUUGUCCAUUUGUCAUUGUCCAUUUCAAGUUUAAUUGGAGAUAGUACCAAGUUCAAUUUAUAAUUGUAACUAUUUGAAAGAUUCACCCUCAGCUACUCAUGACAAAAAAAGGAUAGCAUACAUAAUGGAAAAACUGACAUGUUGUAUACUGUCAAAAACAAAACAUACAAAAGGUCAAUGAGCAUGUUGCACCACUUUUUGUUUUUAAUCAUGUUUACCUUCUCAGAUUCCACCUACAAUGCUUUCAGAAAGUAUUCAUACCCCUAUUCAAAAAAUUUCACAUUUUGUUGUGUUACAGCCUCAAUUAAAAAUGUAUUAAAUAGAUUUCUCCCCCCUACCCAUCUUUACACAAUAGCCCAUAAUGACAGUGAAAGCAUGCUUUAAGAAAUGUUUUCAAAUUUAUUGAAAAUGAAAUGCAUAAAUAUUCACACCCCAGAGUCAAU